UCGCCACGCCCUCGACAUCCGCCCCAACCUUGGCGAAAAGGGGCGCUGUCUCGCUUCGAUCCGCCCAGGGGUCUUCUUCCUCAUCCAAUCAUCAAUGCUUGGCGCGUCAUGCGAAAUUCGGACUGCAGAGCUGGGGGGUUUUCUUGUACCUGCAGUUUGCGGCUUAGGUGGGCUGCGCUGGCGGCGGUGGUAUUUCGCUCAGAGACUGUAUGGGGAAAACGUGUGCGACACCUGCCGCUCUCCUUGGUCAAGGCUAUUCGGUGGGUAUUGCGGGGAGUAGUGAGAACGUUGUCGUUGAUAGAUGAGACAAUAGAACUAGUGAUGUGGUGUAGAAACAGCUGGGACAGCCUCCUGCCAGAUGUGGCACCUUAG